AUGGGAAGUUUGUUAAGACCAGUUGAUCUGGUAAAUCAGCCACUGGGGUUUCAAGACAGGUACAAGAUUCUACAAAAGUUAUUUGCGCAGUUACAAAAGGCGUAUGCACAUACAAAGAGAACCAAUAUGGACCUUGAAAGACUUGCAAUUCGCUUAGAAGUACAUGUUGCAAAAAACAGUAUUUCUGGUCAAAGUUACAAGUUUAAUAUGAGCAUUUUAUUGCGAGAUAUACUUAAAUAUAAGGGAGAUCUUUCGAAGGUCAAAAUUAAUGGGCGUCCUCUCAAAGGACCCAAAUCUAAUUCAUCCACAAAUGGUAAUACAGGAUCUAUCACUACAAAGUCAGAAGCUAUGGAAGCUCUUAAAGCAUUGAUUUUAGAUGUUAAAGCUUUGGGAGACAAUGGGUAUAUCCUUGAGGAAAUCCAAAAUAAAGGCAGUGAUGAUAAUAUUCAACAGUAUGUGCCUUGUUUGCGGUGCAAUACGAAGUUCAAAAAAUUAGACAUAAUGGAGAAGACUCUAUGCAGAUUUCAUCCGCUAAAGAGAUUAUACAACAGAGAGACUAAGACUCACCAUUAUCCCUGCUGUGGUGAAACUACUAAUUCUGUCUCCUUUCUAAGGUUGGGGUGUAAGACGUUCCUUCACCACGUGUUUAGAGGGGAAUCAUACGAUGAUCUGUGCAAAAUUUCCGAAUUUUCUAGUACUGCACACAUCGAUGGUGUUGAGAAUGUUCUCUCUCUCGAUUGUGAAAUGGCUUUCACAUCCUUAGGUUAUGAGAUGAUACGUUUGACAAUUGUGGAUUUCUUCACUGGAAAAACGUUAUUUGACCAUGUAAUCCAACCGGUAGGAAAGAUCGUAGACUUAAAUUCCGACUUUAGUGGUGUUCAUGAGAUUGAUCGAACUAAAUGUCCCACGUACGAGGAGGCACUUAUUGUAUUUUUAUCCGAAAAAUUAAUAAAUAAGAACAGUAUUCUCAUAGGGCACGGAUUAGAGAACGACUUAAACGUUAUGAGGAUAUUUCACAAGAAGGUGAUAGAUACGGCGGUCCUUUAUUCAAAAACAAAGUUUAAGGUAUCUUUGAAAAAUUUAGCGUUCGAAAUUCUAAGUAGGAAAAUUCAAAAUGGUGAGCACGAUAGUUCUCAAGAUGCCAUAGCCACAAUGGAUGUUGUGAAGGUCAAAGUCGGUAUUUCCCCCAGUCAAGACCAUUGGUAA